ACAGGGCUAUGAAGAACUGGAAAGACAGCUGAAAGAAGUCUUUAAGGAAAGGAGCAAUAUCCUUCAUCAACUGUCAAAGACAUCUAAAGAACUUGAGGGAAUUAAAGUAAACCUCCAGUCAUUGAAAAAUGAUGAAGUAUCAGCCAAAAAUGAUGUGCAGAAACUUCUGGAACUGGGCCAAAAGCAAAGGGAAGAAAUGAGAUCUCUCCAGGAGGCCUUUCAAAAGCAGCUUAAUGAGGCAGCUGAGAAAGCAGAAAAGCAGCAGGCUACCAUCAACUUUUUGAAGACUGAAAUGGAAAGGAAAAGCAAAAUGAUCCGUGACCUCCAAAACGAGAACAAAAGCCUCAAAACCAAGCUCUUAUCAGGAAACAAGCUUUGUGGUAUUCAUGCAGAAGAGUCAAAAAAGAUCCAAGCCCAGCUGAAAGAGCUUCGUUAUGGGAAAAAGGAUUUGAUUUUUAAGGCACAACAGCUAACAGAUCUGGAGCAAAAACUAGCAGUUGCAAAAGAUGAACUGGAAAAGGCCGCCCUUGACAAAGAGUCACAGCUGAAAGCUCUGAAGGAGACUGUGCAGCUUUGCCUGUCUUCUGUUCUGCACAGUCAGCCUCCUGCUAGGAAUCUAAUCCCUGCAAAACCAGCUGAGAAGCUGACAACCCCAGUUGCAAAGGGCUCAAAAGUUCCAUUUCAAGUGACAAGCACCAAGCGAAACGCCUCAGCUGAGAAAGAGACUUUUCACGCGGUGUUGAGAAAGGAGGAAAAUCAGAGCUCCCAGGGCUGUGAUUCUCAAGAU